UUUCCUUAGCAUUUUUUCAAAAUCGAGAGUGAAUAGCAUUUGUAAUCGAAAUUAAUUUCAGAAGUUAUAGAAUACAAUAUGCGAAAAAAGACCGAUGCAAACGUCACGAGCACGCGUUCGUCCGUCAGAUUUCAACAAUUUGCGAUGGCGGCGAACCUCGACAUCAAUUAUAUAAUUUCACAACUAAUCAAUUGUGAGAAUCCCGGCCAGGGCGUUCGACUUCACGAGUCACAAAUACGACAUGUGUGCACCGAGGCCAGAAUUUUGUUUCUGCGAGAGAAAACAUUGCUGGAGAUACAACCGCCGGUGAAGAUAUGCGGAGAUGUGCACGGACAGUUUGAGGAUCUAUUGCGUAUAUUAGCUUCAUCGGGAUAUCCGCCGAGUACAACUUAUCUGUUCCUCGGCGAUUAUGUGGAUCGUGGCAGGCAGUCAAUAGAAACCCUAACGCUACUGCUCGCCUAUAAAGUGCGUUAUCCUCAUGGAAUAUGGCUGCUGCGUGGCAAUCAUGAGUGCGCCAACAUCAAUCGUAUUUAUGGAUUCUAUGACGAGUGUAAGCGUCGAUACUCUGUGAAGCUGUGGCGUUACUUUGUGGACACUUAUGAUUGCAUGCCACUGGCUGCGGUGGUGGGUGGACGCAUCUUUUGUGUUCACGGUGGUCUGAGUCCGAGUCUAAGAAGUUUCGAUGAUAUUCUAGCUAUUAAGCGACCUUGUGAAAUCCCGGAACAAGGCCUUGUCUGUGAUUUGCUCUGGAGUGAUCCCGAUGACCGGGUGCUGGGUUGGAGUUCAAAUGAUCGUGGGGUUAGUGUCACAUUCGGGGCGGAUGUGGUGAAGAGCUUUUGCUAUCGCAUGGGCAUCGAUGUCGUCUGUCGUGCUCAUCAAGUAGUGGAGGAUGGUUAUGAGUUCUUUGCGAGGCGGCAAUUGGUCACGGUCUUCUCGGCUCCCAAUUAUUGUGGCAUGUUUGACAACUCGGGUGCAAUUAUGGUGGUCAAUAGCGAUCUGUUAGUGAGUUUUGUAAUAUUGCGACCCACUCAAACUGUGCGACAAACGGGUAUUAAUCCGCCAAUGCUGGCAAUGGGAAAGAAUAGGAAUUACUAGUCAAUUUGAUGAUAUGAGUGUACUUUGUGUUUGGGAAUUUGUAGUGAAUAUAAAUUUUG